GUUGAAAUUUAUCUUGUUUGCCCAUUUAUUUCGGAGUCAAAAGCUGAAGAUAUACAAGAACUUGGGCCCAUUUCUGUGUGUGGAUCUAAAGGCCCGAAUAAAUUGGCAGAAGGCAAAACGGGUCAGAGUCGUCCGGGUGUGGAGCUGGUUCAAUGGAAGAGGAGGAUCGGAAGAGAGAAGCAGCGAUAGCAUCAGCAGCAUGUCUACAACCCAAUUACAACUCUAAAAAGGGUCUCAAUUCUGCUCAAAUUUCCAAAUUUCAAGAGUUGCACCGAAGACGCUUAAAAAUAAAAGCAAAAUCAAAGGUCAAGGAUAAAUCAAAAGGAACUCUUGUGGAGACUGAAAACUAUAAUGUUAAAGAUGUCUACGCCAAAUGCAAGGAGAUCAUGGAUGAAAAAUUAAUUAAAACAGCUGAAGAUCCAAGGAUUACUACCGCGGACCUUUCAUCCUCUCAAGAAGACAACACAGUGUCAAAAAAGCGGCAGAAGUUGCAUUGGGGGCUCGACACCAAGGAGCGAUGGGAAAGGAAAUCCAACAUGUAGAGAUAUCAUGGAAUGCUGCUAGUAUGCUGGACAGCUCCAAGGAAGACAGCGUCGUUGAUCUAUUCUGAGUUAAGAUGAGGUCUGACUAAAUCAUCUAAGCUUGUAAACCCAAGCUUAAGAGUGUGAAGACGUACAUUGAUCCCUAGGAUUAUGAGGAAAUGGGAACUCAGCCUCGUUGAUCAAUCAAUUACUGAUAAAUAUCUUUAAUUCUUAUGGUCUUGGCCCUUUCACUUGUAAAUUCAGGCGUUUCAUUUGUUAAUACUUUUCUUGCAAAAAAAAUAUACCUGGAAAUUCCGGCGAAGGAGACGUAGGUUGUUGUCUCCUUCCAUUAUGACGAUGCCUGGCUCUAUUUAUGCUCUAUAAAUCUGGUUUGUAUGGGACACAGACAACUUACAUGGUACUACUGAUUUUCAGAGCACUAGCUCCUCUA